AUGGCGGGCACAAAGUUUGCAUACGUACGCAAUUUCGAGCUCCCUGAUCCACUGUUACCGGAUACCUAUCUGGUCUGUCGUCUCGACGGACACUCUUUCCACCGGUUCUCGGACGAGCAUGGCUUCGCCAAGCCCAACGACGAGCGUGCGCUCCAACUCAUGGAUCACGCCGCGAAGAGCGUAAUGAUCGAGUUCAAAGACAUCAUGCUCGCAUUCGGCGAAUCUGAUGAAUUCAGCUUUCUCUUCCGAAAGUCGACGAAUCUUUAUAACCGACGACAAUCGAAGAUCCUCACCACGUUGACGUCUUACUUCACUUCGUGCUAUGUGCUCUACUGGUCGCAGUAUUUUCCAGACACGCCGCUACGAUAUCCACCGUCAUUCGAUGGACGUAUUGUGGUGUAUCCGACUGAGCGUGCUAUUCGUGACUACUUUGCAUGGCGACAAGCUGACACCCACAUAAACAAUCUAUACAAUACCACCUUUUGGGCUCUCAUACAGAAAGGAGGUCAGACUGCUACGGAGGCCCAUACCACGCUUAAAGGCACCGUUUCCGCGACUAAGCACGAGAUGCUCUUUUCCCGGUUUGGUAUCAACUAUAAUGAAAUAUCACAGAGGUUCAAGAAAGGUAGCGUUAUAGUUCGAGAAAUCGUAGCCCCUGAAUCAUCGGACAAGGGUGAAAAGCUAGAACCCCCAUUCGACCCUUUUCAUCAACAAUGUUCCAAGGCGAAGAAAAACAAACUGGAAACUACAGUAGAGGUACUGCACUGCGAUAUCAUUGGCGAGGAGUUCUGGCUGCCCCGUCGACAUUUGCUGGAAAAUUGA